AUGGCAUGGGGAAACCAGACAAUGGUGACUGAGUUUGUCCUGCUGGGCCUCUCUGAAACUUGGGAGGUCCAAUUGGUCUUCUUUGUCUUCCUCCUCCUCCUCUAUAUGGCUACUUUCUUCAUCAACAUUCUCACCCUCUCAGCUAUUUUCAGAUGUCGCCAUCUUUCAGACUCACCCAUGUUCUUUCUCCUGGCUCAUUUGGCUUUCCUGGACCUCUGCCUGUCCUCCUUUGCCACUCCAAGAUCUCUUUUUGAUUUCCUUGCCCAACACCAUGUCAUUUCCUUCCAUGGCUGCAUGGCACAAAUCUUUUUUCUUCAUCUCUUUGGAGGCAGUGAGAUGCUCCUGCUGGUAGCCAUGGCAAUUGACCGGUACGUGGCCAUCUCCCAUCCUCUCCAUUAUGCCACACUCAUGAAUCGGCGGCAUUGCAUGGGGCUUGUGCUAGCCUGCUGGACUGGUGGGCUCCUCCACACCACUGUGCAAUUGGUUUUUACAAUUAAGGCACCUUUCUGUGGGCCCAAUCUUGUGCACAAUUUCUUCUGUGACCUCCCCUUUGUCAUCAAGUUGGCUUGCACUGACAUCUACCCCCUGGAGGUCAUGAUGGUCACCAACAGUGGCAUUUUGUCACUGGUGUCUUUCAUUGCUCUGCUUCUCUCGUAUGGAUUCAUUCUUCAUACCAUCUGUUCCAUGCCCCACUCUAAAAGGACCACAAAGACUGCUUCCACAUGUACCUCUCACCUCAUUGUGGUCACCAUGUACUUUGGGCCCUGUAUUGUUAUUUACCUGCAGCCAUACAGUCAAUUCAUGGCUGAUAAAGUGCUCUGCAUCUUCUACACCUGUUUCACCCCCUUGCUGAACCCAACUAUCUAUGCUUUGAAGAACAAGGAGAUGAAGGUUGCUAUGGGAAGCCUGCUGGCAAGGCUUUCUGGGAAGGUUUCCACUCAAGGCCAGCCCUAUCAUUAG